AAUGGAUGCUGAAAGUCUUAUUCAACAUGUUCAACGAGAAGUCACAUCAGACCCCUUAUCGGAGACCACGGACUGGCUAGAUGACGGGAAUAAGUUCCACCAACCUGGCUGGCAGGUAGCUCUGUGGGCCAUUGCCUACUCCCUGAUCAUUCUGGUCUCUGUGACUGGGAACGUCACUGUCAUCUGGAUCAUUUUGGCGCACAGGCGCAUGAGGACAGUGACCAACUACUUCAUCGUCAACCUGGCCUUCUCUGACGUUUCUAUGGCAACUUUCAAUACCCUUUUUAACUUUGUUUAUGCUCUUCACAAUGACUGGUACUUUGGCCUGGGCUAUUGCAGAUUUCAAAACUUCUUCCCAAUUACUGCCAUGUUUUCAUCCAUUUACUCUAUGACCGCCAUUGCAGUGGAUAGGUACAUGGCCAUCAUCCACCCACUGAAGCCCCGCCUCUCCUCUACCUCCACCAAAGCUCUUAUUGCUCUCAUCUGGAUCAUUGCUGUUCUGCUGGCAUUUCCUCAGUGCUACUACAGCGUGACCCACUUUUACUACCCCCGGACAGUGUGCAUGGUGGACUGGCCUGACGACUAUGGGGGAACACACCAAUUGAGUUACCAGUACACAGUGAUAGUGUUGAUCUACCUACUCCCCCUGUUGGUUAUGUUGGUGACCUACAGUCUGGUGGGCCGUACAUUGUGGGGGGCGCACAUUCCUGGAGAAGCCUCUGACCAUUAUCACAAUCAGAUAACAUCCAAGCGAAAGGUUGUCAAGAUGAUGAUUGUCGUAGUGACAACCUUUGCUUUGUGCUGGCUGCCCUAUCAUGUUUAUUUCAUACUUGGCACAUUCAACACUGAAGUUUAUAAGAAGUGGUACAUCCAACAGGUGUAUCUUGCCAUAUUCUGGUUGGCGAUGAGUUCAACCAUGUACAAUCCUAUCAUCUAUUGUUGUCUAAACCAAAGGUAG